GUUUCAGCUUUGAGAAGGGAGGGUGGGGUCCCCCUCUGCAACCCUCUGUGAUUUUACACCAUAGAAAAUGGAGACUGUAGCCUUACUAGUCUCUUUCUCUUUUCAUCUCUCUGCUCUAAACUGACACCCACCAACACCCCCUACCCCACCCCCCACCCUCACCUAAGAUACGUACAUUAUGUUACAUCUUUACAUAUAAAGAAAAAGGAAAACCACCACCUAAUUCCCAGCACCCCACUCUUCUCAGUUUCUUUGUUCUUUUACUUUUUUUUUUUUUUUUUCUUUAGUAGUUUCGUUUGUUUGAGGGCACUUUGAUCGGUUCUGUUCUUCCCCCUCUUUUCUGAGCUUUUGUGGCCUUGUGGGUGUUUUUUUUGUUUGUUUGUUUGUUUGUUUGUUUGUUUUUCAGUGGUGAACGGCGACGUUUGGUUUGGAAUGCCGACUGUGGAGGCUGCUGAUGUUGACGUGGAAGGAAAUGGGGGUGGUGGUGGGGCCGGGAAUCCGCACUACCGUCGACGCCGCCGUAGGCGGCGUCGACGCAGGCCGUCCAUGGCGGCGAGUAGUGAGACUACCACCGACGGGAGCUUCCGGUUCUCCGAUUCGGACUCGGAUCAGUCUUGGGUGUCGGCUGCCGGUGGGCCCUACGAGGAAUGCCGGUGCUCGGCGGCGACCGAGCGGCUCAGGGGAAGUCGUAGGAAGUCUUGCUCGGUGUCGGGGGCCCUGUCGGACGACGAGAUUGAUUUGGAGAGCGGCGAAUUGGAGCUCAAAGUGCAUAAUGACGAGAGGGAUUGCAGAAUUUGCCAUUUGAGCUUGUCGGGAAGUGGCGGCAUUGACGGCGGCGGCGGUGACGGCGAACUCGAGCCCUCCGGCGGCGGCGCUAUUGAAUUGGGGUGUUCUUGUAGAGGCGAUUUGGGGACUGCCCACAAACACUGCGCCGAAACUUGGUUCAAAAUCAAAGGAAACACAACUUGCGAAAUCUGUGGGGCAACAGCCGUCAAUAUUGCUGGAGAGCAGGCGACCACCGAAGAAAUCGAUACUAGUGGAGUAGCUUCAGCAGCACCAGUGGUCGUGUCUGAGAACCAAAACUUUUGGCGUGGUCGCCGUGUCAUGAACUUCCUACUUGCCUGUAUGGUUUUUGCCUUUGUCAUCUCAUGGCUCUUUCAUUUCAAUAUUCUGCCGUGAAUCCAACUGAAGGGCACCCGGGCAGUACUCUCAAGGUUUGCAACAGAAUCCCGAGCCCUUUAUAAUCUCUUCUGCAGAGGCUUAUUUGGAUAUACAGGACUUGCGGUAGGGGGAUCUUCUUUAAGCAGUUCUAAACAUUUACUAGUUCAGCCCGUUUGGAUUUUUAGCUUGUACAUAAAACCCUUCUGGAAGAGUGAAUUGUUAUUAUUCCUUGCAUGUAAAUUAAUACUCCCUUUGCAGUCUAUCAGUGCAUAAAAGUAAACAGA